CACACGAACCGGCUGAUCAACGAAAAGUCGCCGUACCUGUUGCAGCACGCCCACAACCCCGUCGAUUGGUACCCGUGGGGCGAGGAGGCCAUCGCUCGGGCACGGGCCGAAAACAAGUUGAUAUUUCUGUCGGUGGGUUACAGUACGUGCCACUGGUGCCACGUGAUGGAGAAGGAGUCCUUUGAGAGUGAGGAGGUGGCGGAGAUUAUGAACGAGAACUUUGUGAACGUGAAGGUCGAUCGGGAGGAACGGCCAGACAUUGAUAAGCUGUACAUGACGUUUAUAUUGUUGAUAAAUGGGUCCGGGGGUUGGCCGAUGUCGGUUUGGUUGACGCCGGAUUUGGCACCGAUUACCGGGGGGACGUACUUUCCGCCGAAGGAUCGUUGGGGGAUGCCGGGUUUUACGACGAUUUUGCUGAAGUUGAAGAUCAAGUGGGCGACGGAUGGGGAGGAUUUGAAGGAGACUGGGAGGUCGAUCAUUCAGGCGAUUCAGAAGAAUGUGGAGGAGAAGCAUAAGGAGGAACCGGAGUUGCCGUUGACGGUGGAGGAGAAGUUCCGGCAGGCGAUCAUGAUUUAUAGGAGGAACUUUGAUCCGGUGUGGGGUGGCUCGAUGGGAGAGCCAAAGUUCCCGGAGGUGUCCAAGUUGAAUUUGAUUUUUCACUUGCACUUGCUGGAUCCAGCUAGCAAGCUGCUGGGGGUGGUGCUGAACACGCUGGACAAGAUGGCUGCUGGAGGUAUUCACGAUCAUGUGUUUGGAGGGUUCGCGAGGUAUUCGGUUGAUAAGAAAUGGCACGUGCCUCACUUUGAGAAGAUGUUGUACGAUCAGGGCCAGUUGUUGAUGGCGUACGCGAACGGGUACAAAGCGACGAGGAAGCCGUUGUAUUUGGAGGUUGCGGACUCGAUCUUCAAGUACCUCUGCAAGGAUCUGCGACAUCCUGCGGGAGGGUUUUAUAGCGGGGAAGAUGCGGAUUCGUUGCCAGCUUGGGACAGCAAGGAUAAGAUCGAGGGAGCGUUCUACGCGUGGACCUUUUCUGAGAUUAAGGAUUUGUUUAAUGCAAACUUGGAGAAGUUUGGCGACCUUGGUAAGCUCAACCCGGUUGAGGUGUUCACCGAACACUACGACGUCCAACCGACGGGUAACGUAGAACCUAGCAGCGAUCCCCACGGACAUCUGCUGGGGAAGAACAUCCUGAUCGUUUAUGGAUCGCUUCGCGAAACUGCUUUGAAGCUCGAUACUAGCGAAGAGGUGGUAACGAAGAUCCUCAAGGUCGGAAACGAACUUCUGCACGAAGUUCGGGACAAACGUCCGCGACCUCACCUGGACACGAAGAUCAUUUGCGCGUGGAACGGGUUGAUCUUGUCCGGGUUGGCCGAGCUGUCCCGCGUGAAGGACGCCCCCAACAGGGCGGAGUAUCUGGAGGUCGCCGCCAAGCUGGUUGCCUUCAUCCGGGAGAACCUGUUUGACGCUAAGGCGGGCAAACUGCUGCGCUCCUGCUACGGCGACGACAGCGACAAGGCCAAGUCUUUGGAAGUCCCGAUCUACGGCUUCAUCGACGACUACGCGUUUUUGAUCAAGGGCCUGAUCGACUACUACCGGGCCUCGCUGGACACAAGUGCACUUAGGUGGGCCCGCGAGCUGCAAGAGAUCCAGGACCGGCUGUUCUGGGACGACACCAGCGGGGCCUACUUCUACUCGGAGGCCAACUCGGCGAACGUGGUGGUGCGGCUCAAGGAGGAUCACGACGGUGCCGAACCUUGCGGAAACAGCGUCGCGGCGCACAACCUGCUGCUGCUGGGCGAUUACUUCGCCGACGGGGCGUUCCACGAAAGGGCACGGAAGCUGCUGGACUACUUCUCGAACGUGGCACCGUUUGGGUACGUUCUACCCAAGAUGAUGUCCGCCGCGCUGAUGGAGGAGCACGGUCGAGAUAUGCUGAUUGUAAUUGGUCCCAAAGGUGACCAAACCAACGCCCUGGUGGACGCCGUACGCAACUUUUACAACCCAGGACUCGUCGUCGUCCAUCUAGACCCAACCAAACCAAGCGAACACCUGGCCGGCAAGAAGCUGGACAACUUCAAGAUGAUUCAGGACGCCCCCACGGCGUACAUCUGCCACGACAAGAUUUGCCAGCUCCCCCUCACCGAUCCGGACCGGCUUGCGGAAGAAAUCAAGCCGAAGCACCUCUUUGACUACACCGAGUACGAGAACUGAUUUUUCGAGGCCUAAGGUUCUGUCAGCGAAGGGGAUAAAGCGAUCUAGCGAAUAUGUGUAGUAGGUAACGUUAUCUGUUAUACAGUUUAUCUCAUUCAGGAACUGGUGGCCGCUAAAAGAAAAGUUUUAAUGAUUUUGAAACGGAGAAUCACACUUGUUUGGACAUCUCAUUCGAAUCGUUAUAGGAAUUCACAGAGUUAUGUGUCAUGUUUGUCUUUGCCAAUUUAUCAUAACAUAUUAAGUGGUAAUUGUAAUCAUUUAGAACACAAACAUAUUCUAAAACAAAUCAAACCAGCACACCGAAUCAAAUAAAUAUCACACACACAUACAGUUUAUCAUCGUUGAGCAUCAUAACACUAACACAAAGAAAGCAAUUUUAAUCAAACAUUUAAAAGCAUUAAAGUCACUUUUUGAAUAUAUUUUAGAGAAAACAGUAACUCAAACAAACACACUCACACACCUAGAAGAUCAAAAUGGAAAAUGAAAUGUUAGAAACGCACGAAAAAAAACGAAUAAUUUUAAUCAACUGAUAUUACGAACAAAAAAUCUAAAACUAAAUUGAGCAACCAGCAGAAGCAGCGGAAACAGCAACAACAACAUGUGAUCUAGUGAUUAAUAGGGCAAGCUCUAAAACUAAAAAAAAAACUUAACAAUGGUGCCAAUACUUGGUCAUUACAGAAGCAAACUCGAUUUGAAGAACAAAAAAAAAGCCAGUAGAAGGAUUUUGAGUAAGUGUUACGGCCGGUCGGAUAGGGGCGUCGAGAAUUGAGCGGAUGGAGAGAGAGAGAGAGUAAUCUAUUGCAACUAUAUUACCAGUUUUACUACCAUUUGUCAGUCAAAUAAAUACAAUUUUAUCGAAUAUCGAAAAAGUUA